UAUACACAAUACCAUAUGACGCAAAAAAAACCCUAGACCGCAUAUUGCUGGCACAAAAUCUAAACGCCGACGAAGUAGAGCUUUAAGGUCUCAUCUUUGCUAAGCUCAUCAAUCUUCCAAACAUGGAUAAGGCUAUUCAGAUCAGCAAAAAGAGAAAGUUUGUGGCAGAUGGAGUGUUUUUUGCAGAGUUGAAUGAAGUGUUGACACGUGAAUUGGCAGAAGAUGGGUAUUCAGGAGUGGAAGUUAGAGUUACUCCAAUGAGAACUGAAAUCAUUAUCAGAGCUACUCGUACUCAAAAUGUUCUUGGUGAGAAGGGGAGGAGGAUUAGGGAGUUGACAUCGGUUGUCCAGAAGAGGUUCAAUUUUAAAGAGAACAGCGUGGAGCUGUAUGCUGAGAAGGUUAACAACAGAGGGCUUUGUGCCAUUGCUCAGGCUGAGUCACUUCGAUACAAGCUCCUUGGUGGUCUUGCCGUCAGGAGGGCAUGCUAUGGUGUUUUGAGAUUUAUCAUGGAGAGUGGAGCCAAAGGAUGUGAGGUGAUCGUAAGUGGAAAAUUGAGAGCUCAGCGUGCCAAGGCCAUGAAGUUCAAAGAUGGGUACAUGAUUUCUUCCGGUCAGCCUGUGAACGAGUAUAUUGACUCUGCAGUAAGACAUGUUCUCUUGAGACAGGGAGUACUUGGAAUCAAGGUCAAGAUCAUGCUUGAUUGGGAUCCCAAAGGAAAGCAAGGUCCAAUGACACCUCUUCCAGAUCUUGUCACAAUCCAUCCUCCCAAGGAGGAAGAGGAAUACCUCAGGGUACCAGUGGCAGCGCCAGCUGACAUUGAGCCUCCCGUUGUGCAGCAAGCCUUUGUUGCAUCAGCUUAAUUUUUUUCCAAAUAUUACUAUAUUUUGUUUUUUUGGUCAACUUUGGGUGCUAUAGACAUGUUUGGAGAAUUUUUUGAGUUAUAUUGACAAUCGUACUGCCUCAAUGAAAAUUUUGUUUAACUAA